CCAGCUAUUCAUGGGUCUUAAUUUGGCGGAGGACUACACCAGCCCUGGCGAAUACACAGGAGAACUCAUUGGCGUGGAAUACUUAUAUUCCCAAACAAAUACAUCUUUUGAGGAAGACUUCGGUGCUGAUCCUGAUUCUCAAGAUGGGGUUCAGGAUGAAGACCUGAAGAUUGAUCUGGAGAGUGAUGAAGGGUUUGAGGAUGUAGACUUGGAUGGUGAGCCUCUUGAAAUCAUGGAGCUCAGCCUCGAUAUCCCAGAACCCUUGAGAGAUGAGCCACCGACUCAGAGCCAGGGGGUGCAGAGUCAUGUGGCAGAGUCUUCCUUGCCUGAGCCCAUAGAAGAUGAGCCAGCAACUCAGAGCCAGCUGGAGAGCCUGGGACCAGAUGGCAGACCGGGCUACGACCACGUCGUCCGGCUAGCCAACAGUCUUGUGGACCUCAGACAUGAGGGGUUUAUUACUCAGCAGAAGGUGGAUGAGAUUGUGACUCUCUGGGAUAAACUGUCAGAGUUUGACAAGGGCGCUCUCAUCUACCCAGCUCGCCACCGCGACAGGCUCAUGAAGGGGCGCUUCAAAGUCAGUCAUUCUGUGACGAAUGUGACCCCUGGAGCUGACAGUUUGAAGCGCUGCUUCCUUGGUGAAGGCAGUGGACCUGCUCAGUGGCCUAAUGCCAGCCGUCUGGUGAAGGCAGUCUGUCUGGCUUUAUGCAGAAUUUACCCUGCGGGUCAGACAGUGGCUGGUGUCAAGGUUAACAGGUGGGCUGUCAUUCUGCGUAACUACAGGAUCAUAAGAGAUGUAGUCCUGGACAGCCCCAGACUCAUGGCAGAAACAAGGUUGCAGCUGUUUGAGUUAAAUCAUCACACUCUUUCACAAUGGCACAAUGCUCGGAAAAGGAGGCAGGAAAAGGAGGUCUUGGAGCAGGGUAUUCAGACCUUUACCACUCCCUUGGUGGCCUCUGAACCCCUUCCACCUGUGCUGUUUAAGCAUCCGCAACCGGUCCGGCAUGGGCACCAAGCCUAUGAAUUCAACAUCCCGGUGGAUGCAUCAGGACAGGCAGUACAGCGUGUUCGUGGCCAACCUCCUAAAGUGGGCACAACAUCAGCAGCUGUUGGCAUGCCUGCUGCAGCACAGCAUGCCCAAGGGCAGCCUCCUCCUGUCCAGGAGGUCUUUGCAGUCUCUGACCCUGCCCGCUUGCUUCAAGCUACAGACACUGCAACUAUUGCUGAACCUCCUGCUACACCUCCUGGUCCAAAAGUGCCAAGGACCACAGCUUGGCGGCGGAGGAAGGCAGCGGAGGCAGCUGCAGCACAAGGUGCUACUCCAAAAAAAAGAAACCAGACUGAACAAUACAUUUGCCAAAAGUGUGGCCAACCAAAGACAAAAGAGUUUGGCCACAGUCGGUUCGGAGGUGCCCACUUUUGUGCAAAGUCAUCUGGCAAAACUGUGGAGCAGUGGAUGGAGGAGAUGAGAAGGGGACAAAAAUAAGUCAUAUUGCAUAUAUAUAUAUACAUUUACA